UAAUAACUUAAGUGUUAAUUCUUAAAAACAAAAAAGCAUAUGAAAAAACAAUCUCUUAAAAGAAAACCAUAAAAAAAAGUUAGGUUCAUAUGCUUUGAUAUAGUAAUUUUAUAUUAUUUUAACUAUAAUUAUUAGUACCAUAAAUAAUAUAUGUAUAUACAUUGUCAAUGUCAUUGGUGUCUAGUUUUUGGUACUUCGAAGAUGAUCAAAUGGCCAAGAAGACAACAUAUCAUUGUUUUAAACGACAAAUUUGAUUCCCAUAAUAAGCUAACUGUCAUAACUAAUUUUUACCCUUAUUCCCUCCAAAAAUUCUUCUUGUCCAUACAAAGAUUGACCCAAAAUAAAUCACACCACAAAUGCCAGGUUGAACACCAACAAAAUCUCCUAAUUAUUACAACUAUCUUACCCUAUAUUACUCCCUUCACCAUCACUAUUUUUCUUUGCCUCAAUUCACAUAUUUGCAACAAGAGAAUAAAAAAAGGGAAGAAACAACAACCUCCUUUCUCCCCCUUCCUCUUCACCUCCGAAGACUCGCUCAUUUGUCCCACAUUUUUUAUUUCGUCAAUAAUGGGAGGAUGUGCGAGCGUGCAAAAGGAGUCUGACAUCGCCCAGCGCGAGUCUCUCCCAAGCGAGUCUCCAGCUAAGCUGGAACAGGCUCAAACUGAGGAGAAGACUGUUGAUGAAGGUGAGAAUAAGAGCGAAACUCCUAACAAGGAUGAGGAGAAGGAGGAGAAGAAGGACGAGGAGAGUGAGAACUCAACCGAAACUAAGGGUGCCAAUAAGGUAGAAGGUGAUGUGUCCAAUGCCGAAGUUGAUGUGAAAGUUGAGGCUACAAAUGAUAAAGUCGACGCCACUAAUGCUGUUGAGACACCUAAGGACAACGAUGUUAAGGUUGAGGCUGUUGAGGAGCCCAAGGAGGAGGCGCCAAAGGACGAGAAAGUUGAGGCGGACAAUAUUGAGAAGAAUAAUGUUGCGGUGGCGGCUCCAUCCUCAGAGGACAAAGCUAAUGCACCUAUUGUGACUUUGUAAUGAUAUUUCAUACUUUUAAUGAGUGAAAGAAAGAAAAAUUUGGUUGGUAGAGCCAUAAUGUGUAAGAGGGGUGUGUUGCAAUUGUUCUCUCUAGUUUUUCCACUUGAAUUAUUGAAAAUGUGAAAAUUUACAGGUUCAA